AUGCUCAAGUCAUUGGUGGUAUUGAACCAUCCAGUACGCAUGGGUAUACAGAACAAAUUUUUCCUUCAACAAAUUUCUAAAACUUCAAUACCGGUAUUACCAUCAUUUAAACAAUAUAGAAGAAGUUUCACAACAUCAAGAUUUAAUCAACAUGCUACUCCAGUUGAUGAUAAAAAAGAUUCACAACUAGGUCAUGGUGGUCAUAGUCAUAGUCAUGGUCCAGGUGGUAAUUGUGAUGGUAGUCAUUCUCAUGGUGCUUCAGAUGCUGCUAAUGAAUUAGAAGAUCAUGAUCAUAUUCAUUUACGUGAAUCUGAAACUGAAACAAAUGAUUCUUUCACAUUUGGUAGUAUUAAUCAUAGUCAUAAUCAUAGUCAUGGACAAAAUGAAUUAUUAGUUUGGGAUAAGAAGAAAUUUUGGGAAAAUCCAGGUGUUAGAAUUACAUGGAUUGGAUUAUUAAUUAAUGUUGGUAUGGCUACUGGUAAAUUAGUUGGUGGUAUUGUAUUCCAUUCUCAAGCUUUAAUGGCUGAUUCUGUUCAUGCUAUUAGUGAUUUAGUUUCAGAUUUCUUAACUUUAGGUACUGUUGGUCUUGCAGCAAGAGGUCCAAAUCAAAAUUUCCCAUAUGGAUAUGGUAAAAUUGAAACUGUUGGUUCUUUAGCUGUUAGUUCAAUUUUAACAAUGGCUGGAUUAUCAAUUGGUUGGGCUUCUUUAGUAAAUAUUGUUGGACCAAUGGUUCCACAUACAAUUAUUGAAGCUUUAAAUGCUUAUCAUAUUCAUUUAUUAAGUGGUGGUCAUGGUCAUAGUCAUGCUCAUGCUCAUGAUAUUACAAAUGUUAAUGCUGCAUGGAUUGCAGGUGCUUCAAUUGUUGCAAAAGAAUGGAUUUUUAAAGCAACUUCCAAGAUUGCAAAAGAACAAAAUUCAAAAGUUUUAUUAGCAAAUGCAUGGCAUCAUAGAGUUGAUUCAUUAACUUCAUUAGUUGCUUUAAUUACUAUAACUGGUGGUCAUUUCUUUGGUAUUCAAAGUCUUGAUGCUGUUGGUGGGUUAUUAGUUUCUGGUUUAGUUAUUAAAGCUGGGUUUAAUGGUAUUGUUAUUGCAACUAAUGAAUUAAUUGAUAGAUCAGUUCCAAAAACUGAUGCAAGAUAUAUUGAAAUUGAUUCAAAAUUAAAUGAUUUAUUAGGUAAAUUAUUAUCAAAUAAUAAUUCUAAAAAACCUUAUUCAAUUAAUGAAUUAGUUUUAUUAACUUCAGGACCAAAUGUUCAUGCUAAAGUUAAAUUAGAAGUUCCAUUACAAAGAUGGGAUAAUGUUUUAGAUAUUAAUGAAUUUGAAAUUGUUUCACAUCAUUUGAAAACUCAAUUAAUUAAAGAUAUUGAUAAUUUAAGAAAUGUUGAUAUUGAAUUUAUUGGAGAAAAACCAGAACCAGAAGAAGAAUCCAAAGAAGAAUCUACUCAAGAAUCUGCUCAAGAACCUGAACAUUCACAUUCUCAUGAUUCAAAUCAUUCUCAUAAACAUUAG